AUGGCUGAAUCAGCCGACGCCAAAUGUAUUGAGGAGAUUAGAAACAGGUGGAAGGAACCUUUUCUCUCCAAUCUUUUGUGUCAUCGCCUUCUCAUCGACGACGUCGCGCUCUGCUGGAUUAGACGUGAACAAAGCUUCUGAUUCAUCCCAUCCCCCCACCUUCGUUUAAAGUGAGAUGAAGAAGGAAAUGGGGGGGGGGGGGGGGGAGAUUCUCACCUUUCGGGCGGCUCCCUCACUUCAUCAGCUUCUGCCUGACGUCACUUUAAUCAAAAAGAAUGAAGUUUAUAAUGUUGCACUGAGAUCUUUAUUUUUAAGUUAUAUUAGGUCGUUCACUUAAUUCUGCGCCUCUUUUCAAAUCAAAAUUUUAAAAAAUUUAAGAAAAUUAAAUAAUAGGUCAAGAUCAGCAGAUAGAUACAAAAAAAAACUAAAUUAUAGUCCACCUUCAUCAACAAAAAACUUUUUAGAACCAUAUCCUACCAUACGGGUUCCUCUACGUACGCUGAUCAAUCGCUGUAUGAUCGAUACCUCUUCAAACAGCCCGCUUCAGAUGCAGAAGCUGAAGGCACAUUGAUCCAAAUCAACAAUGAAGACAAUUGGAAACGCCAACGCUUGAAAUAAGAAGCAAUUCAGGUCUUGAAGCACUACGAGGAGAUCAAGAAGCGACGGAGCGAGCUGGAGUUGAAGGGACAACCGAGCACAAAGAAGGUGGACUUCGGAAGCAAGCGAGAACUAAAAGUCCAAGUCAAGGUAAGGAUGUUGAAGAAAAGACUGGAAUUGGUGGUCCAAGGAUUUAGAUAUUGGGAACGGGCCGGACAGAGCCUGAGCAAAACGUAUAAAAUGGGCCGGGCUUAACAUUCAAGUCUAACCCGCGAGCCGGUCCUUAAAAAUGGGCCCGGGAUUUGCUCCCCUGUUCUAUAUAUUGUUGUGAUACUUUGGAUAAAAAAUACUGUUUUUGAUGUGCUGUUUUAAUUAUCAGGAUUUGCUAUUAUAAUAUUUUAAUAUUUGUGACACUUCGUUUGGAAAAACCGAUAAACAGAGGAGCGCGUUGCUUCUUUUGGCGCUAAAAUUAUUUCGCGGACAAUUUUUUGUCGUAAGGAGAAUAUAGCGCAUAAAGUAAGUUUUUAUUUAUAUUUUAUUGUUCAAUCUAUUCAGUUUCAUUGUUCAAUCUAUUUAUAAGUAUAAUUAAAUGUUUAUCAAACCAAAUUUUUGAUAAAACUAGUGUAAAUUGGUGUCAACAUGUAAAGUAACAUUUUUAGGUAAUGGCAACGAUUGAACGAAGUCAAAAAGCACUAAAAGCUUUCAAGACCAUCCUCACCGAGCUCAGUAAAACCAAUGGAGUAAGUUAUUUGUUUUUUUUUUGAUAUUUAGGCAUAGAAAUCUUGAGAUGCUUCAAUUUGAAUGUGGGUAAAAAAUAUGUUUCAGAAGCCGUCAGAACAACAUUUGAACUUUAUCAAGGAGCAAUUCAAGAGCAAUAAGCUUACGCAGCGAGUGAAUAUGAAUGGACCCAAGGAAUUGGAAGGUUUGGCAGUCAAUUAUGCGACUUAUCUAAAUUCUUCACGUGAGCUGGCUGAACUGAACGAGAAGUACAAGGGAAGAGAGAAGAGCGUGGAGGAAAGUGCUCGACUGGUCGGUCUUCAGAUACCAGAGAAGCGCCGGGAUUGAUUGUGUUGAUCUGAUAUAGUUUUUUAGAGUUUGAAGUUUUAUAGGAUUAGUUUUUUUUUGCUUUGUGAUAUUAACCUUUAGGUUUUAUUACUCUUUGAGUUUUUGAAUUUUGUUAUAGGAGUAUUUUCUUAAAUUGUUGUUUUUGUUUAAGCUAAGGGUUUGUAAAAGCUUAUGUUUAUUGUUUGAAAACGUUUUUAAUAAAGUUUUAUUCAUUUUUUACUUGUUUUACAUGGUUUAUACUAUCAAAAUGGUUAGACUCCAUUCAAUUUCUUCUUUGUUGAUUUUUUAUUGUUUCAAUUUUUAUUUUUUGUACUUUUUAUAAAAAAGGUAUAUUGGAUCUAUUUAACACAUUUUAUAAUGCUAAUAAUCUCUAGAUGGACGAAGAUGAGGCGAGAAUAGCUCGCUACCGCUACUUACUGCAGCCAAUCCGAGACUUGUCGGAGCACUUGGACGACGACAUUUACGAGAUCUUGGGCGUCUACUUGGAGAAACUGCGAAGUGAUCGUGAGAGGAAUGUUCAAGGCGAAGAUGGCGAGCUUAUAAAGUAGGUUUUUGAUUUGUUAUUGAGGUUUUAGGUAUUUUUUGGAGACAAAUUUGAUGAAUAAGAUAAAAAAUGAGUUUGGCUGGAUGGAAUGUGUAAUUUUGAUGGUUAUUUAGUUUUGAAUUGGAGAAAAACAUAUUUUUUGUGAACCUAACUUGAAAAACUUGGCAUCACCUACUAAGUUACUUGACUUCUCAAAAACGGCAAUAUCAAUAACUCUUCCACACUUAUCAUAACCUUUUUUAGGUUCAACUUCUCGGAAGCAGCUGUUCUCCUUCAAAGUUCGUUCCAAUUGUUUGCCAAGAAGGUGGACCGUCUUUAUGAUCUAGUCUGUGAAGCCUACAGUGGCACAGUGACCAAGAAGAAGGGUAAGAAGUCAGGGAUCGGUGAUUCAUCCGACGAAACCGACAUAACUCGGCGGAAGAACGACUUUGACUUCAAAGUGGACAUUGACUCUCUAACAUCCAGCUCGGUUGACCUGAAAUGGCUUCUGGAGCAGGACAAAAAGCGAGAACACAAGGUACCAGUUAAAGUGGGACAACUUCGAAUUGAAGGAGAAAGAGAUCGACUGGUCGAUUUACCGAUUUCGUUUAUGCCAACGAAGAAAACGGUGCCAUCUCAACAUUAUGUUAAGUUUACGCAUGGUAAUGAAGCCAUGUCGAUUAGGCAGGAUGAGCUGUUUGCGUUUUCAAGUGUGGCAUAUGCUUCGAAUGAGGCUGAGCAGAUGACAGUGUUAAUGAAUGUGGCUUAUCUUCCUUUGAUCAAUGAGAUUACUCACAGUUUGGAACCUUUCAGGAAUAUGGUUGAUGGUAAGUGGAUAAUGGUCUAUUAGGGCUAGAAUUAUGAAUUUAUGUAGGUAUAGACAUUACACUUGUUUUAAAUGUUAUGUUUUGAUCAUUUGAAGCUUCUUGGAGCUUUUACUAGGUAUAACGAUUACGGGUUCAAACUUAGUGUUUUCAUGGUUAAUAUCAAGCCUUUUAGUGCCUGAAACUCAACCAGAACAGCAUGUAGAGUCACCUCAACAUGUAGAAGAUCAACCUCAAGAUGAUUAUGCAUCAGCUGGUGGUUUUGAGCCAGAAGAAAUUGCUCCAGAGGCUGGAAUGGCCAUGGAACGUAAGGAUUUUUUAUUUUAAGUCAUUUUUGUCACCUUUUUUAUAGUUCUUGGUCUAUUUUUAUAUAUUUUUAAUUGUUUUUGAGCUAUUUUUGGUUUUUUUGUGAUAAAAAAUAUUUUUUUAAAAUAAUAUUGACCUUACAGUCCCCCCAACCACCACCCACACCGACAUCUCCCAGUCCCAAGCCAUAGAAAUUGGUCGUCGUGACACAGAUGCCCGAACUCUGGAUCCACGACCAUCCACUGUCAUGAGCGGUGCCAUUCCAGCAUGUGACUCGCAAAUCGGAAUGAACGAAUCAACCAGAAGCAAGAAGAGGGUGGUGAAGAACUGGAGGGAGAAGAUCGAACUCAUGGAUGACUUUGAGCCGUUGGAAGUGAAAAGAAAGCCUCUACAACAGAGCAGGACCCAUAUCAAGAGGGCCGAACAACAAGUCGAGAAGAGGGACAAGCUGAUCCGGGUAGGUUUUGGGGUUUUUUGGGGGGGGGGGAGAUUUUUGAGGAUGUUAGAAAAGGCCGGUCAGUUUUUUAGGGACAGGAAGCAAAAUGAAAAAAAAAACUUUUUAGGUGACAAAAUUUGAAAUUUUUUAAUUUCCAGGGGCACAAAUCUUGUUUAGGUAACAAACCUUAGUAAAGUUGAUUUUUAGGUAGUAAAAUUAGAAAAAAUGGCUUUUUAGGUAAAAAAAUUUCAUAAAAUUGAUUAUUGGGUAACAAAUUUUGAAUUUUUUCAUUUUUCGGAUAAAAAAAAAGCUUUUUUUAGGUAACAAACUUUCAUAAAAGAAAUUUUGAAAGAAACUUUAAAAAAGCUUAUUUUUAGUAAACCAACAUCAAAAAUUUUCAAUUUUUCAGGAACAACUAGCCGCCAAAGGCAUUGAAAACCAAGAAAACAGUCUCGGCGCCUACAUCACAGCCCGAAUGUUCAGCCGAAAAUUGACCAAAGCCGGUUCAGCCCUAGCCAACUUGAAUCCAUCCCUAAGGUCGAAACAAAUGCAAGCUCUGAACACUGUAUUAUACGCUCAAGAGAAGUACGAAGCGCGGAUUCUGAAGCAGCGAAAGGAGGCCGAGAAGCAACGACGGAAAGAGAUCCAAGCGGCCGAACGGGAGAAACGGCUGUCACAACGGCGAAGUGGACUGAUGAAUGAAUCGACCGGUAAUGGGAGAAAUGGACCGGUUCGGAAUUCAUUGUUUAAUGGGACUGAAGGUAAGAAUUGGAUGUUUGUGGGGGUUUUGAGUGGUAAAAUAGGGAUUUUGUACUGAAAAUGGUAGUUUAGGUAAUAAGGGGUUAAAAUGGGGAUCUUCAGUUCAGUAACGGCUGUUUGACCUCAAAAUGGCUUAUAAUAAAGCUGUUUCACAUGAAAAUGACUUAUAAUAAACUCUAAUACAAAAUGACUUCUUAUGUUACAGUAGACCUACCAGUCGACAACUUUGGUGUCCUCCCCGAAAACGACGACGAUUCGGCAGACAGCGAUGAAGAAGAACAAACCGCGGCCGCCCUACUGGCCCAAGAAGUGAACGAAGCCCUAGGCGACGAAUAUGUCGACGAUCCGGCCGAAGAAGUCGAUAUUGAACUGCCCGAAACCCAGGAUGAACCAGCCAUGCCAGUGGGCGAUUUGAGUCGACCCAACAUGGAAGAACUAGCCGAAUUCAACGAAUGCGCGCUGGAAAUGGAGGCCGAGUACGCGAUGUUUGUGAAGGAACACCCCAUCCUGGAUCAGAUCAUGGAGGACAUGCAUAAUGGGACUCAGAAUCAGAUCUUCAAGAGCAUUUAUAAGUGAGUUUGAGGGGUGGAAUAGGCGUUGGAUGGACUUAAGGUGGCUUUCUGCGGUUUCAAAGGCGUCCAUAUUCUCUAAAAUUCAAUUUUUCAGCUACUGGAACAAGACUGAUUCGGGCAAAAUCAAUAACAAAGGCAAACGCCAGAUCCAAGAAUGGAACCAGCGGAUCGCCAACCGGCUAGCAGAAGAAGAGAGCCACAAGCCAUUCGAUAUCCACUCGUACGGCACAGAUGUCAUCAACGCGUUCGGAGAAGGCGAAAACGCCGUAGGAUCCUCGAAAACCAUGCCUCAGGUCCUUCAAGGCUCCGACCGAUAUGAAAAGUCCAGAUUCCUCUUGGCCACACUAAUCCUGGCAAACUGUGGCAACGUGGAGAUCAAGGCCGUCCCACCAGCCGACGGCCAACCCCCAACCAACAAUGUCACCCUGAAGCUGUUGAGCCGAAAACGACAUCACGAAGUGUUCGCCGACGAACAACGUCUCAUUACUGGUUGA